CUCCGUGUCACCGAGCCCAUCUCCUGGGGGAUGGGGUGGGCUGUGUUUUCUUGACGGAUUUUUGAGAGCCCCCAACCCCCGGCGGAGCGGAGGAUACCAUGGUCCCUCAGGGCUCCCGGGCUGAGCUGGAAUUCGGAGGACCCCUGGGGCGCCUGUGGGGGUCCGGGAGAGUUGGAGAGUGGACCCCCGACGCGGCUGCCCCCUUCCCCAGGCGCUGCGGCACUGCUGCUGCUGCUCCCCGCCACCAUGUUCCACCUGCUACUGGUAGCCCGCUCGGGCCCGGCGCGCCUCCUGGGCCCACCCCCUUACCUGCCGGAACUCGAGGAGCUGUGGAGCCCUUGGGCGCUGUUGCUGUGUCUCACCUGGCUCGGCCUGCAGGCGGCGCUCUACCUCUUGCCGGCGCGCAAAGUGGCCGAGGGGCAGGAACUGAAGGACAAGAGUCGACUGAGCUACCCCAUUAACGGUGCUUGGGGGCUGGGUCCUUGCGCGGAGUUGUGGGGAUGGGGUUGGAGCCCCAGGCCCGGUGGGGAGGUCUGUGGAGAUGAGACCGCGACCCCAAUUUCUAUUUUGUGCCUCUUUUACGCCCAGGACGUAGGGGGUUCCACUGGCUCCCUCCACACCCCUCCUCCCUCCACUCCCAGCAUUGCUGCCACUCUAUGCACCAGAGAAGUGGCUGGGGUGACCCUCCGAAAGCUAAAGUGUCUGACUAAUGGCUCGGGACAAGGCUUCCAGGCCCUGGUGCUGACAGCCAUGUUGGUGGGCCUGGGAGUGUUAGCCGGGCUGCCCCUGAGCGCGCUCCCGGAAAUGCUCCUGCCCUUGGCCUUUGCGGCCACCCUCAUCGCCUUCAUCUUCAGCCUCCUUCUCUAUCUGAAGGCUCUGGUAGCCCCUGCCUCUGCCCUGGCACCCGGGGGGAACUCAGGCAAUCCCAUUUACGACUUUUUCCUGGGACGGGAGCUCAACCCGCGCAUCUGUUCCUUUGACUUCAAAUAUUUCUGCGAACUGCGGCCUGGCCUCAUCGGCUGGGUCCUCAUCAACCUGGCCUUGCUGAUGCAAGAAGCAGAACUUCGGGGGAGUCCCUCACUGGCCAUGUGGCUGGUCAAUGGCUUCCAGCUACUAUAUGUGGGUGAUGCCCUUUGGCACGAGGAGGCGGUCCUCACCACCAUGGACAUCAUACAUGACGGGUUUGGCUUCAUGCUGGCCUUUGGGGACCUCGCCUGGGUACCCUUCACCUACAGCCUGCAGGCCCAGUUCCUGCUGUACCACCCAGAGCCCCUGGGGUUGCCCCUGGCCUUGGUCAUCUGCCUCAUCAAUGCUGUUGGUUACUACAUCUUCCGUGGAGCCAAUUCUCAGAAAAACACCUUCCGGAAGAAUCCUUCUGAUCCCAGAGUGGCUGACCUUGAGACCAUCUCUACAGCCACAGGGCGACGGCUGCUGGUGUCUGGGUGGUGGGGUAUGGUCCGCCAUCCCAACUACCUUGGAGACCUCAUCAUGGCUCUGGCCUGGUCCUUGCCCUGCGGGGUGUCCCACCUGUUGCCCUACUUCUACCUCCUUUACUUCACUGCGCUGUUGGUACACCGUGAGGCCCGGGAUGAGCAGCAGUGUCUGCGGAAGUAUGGCCUGGCCUGGCACGCAUACUGCCGGCGUGUGCCCUACCGAAUCGUGCCCUACAUCUACUGAAGCAGCUCCACGUGUCCCAGGUCGGGCCACGUGCCCACCCAGCUGCCAGCACACCCAGCACCAGGAGCCUGGACUCACCUGGCACUCAAGGGCCUGCACCCUACCCUGCUCUGAGCUCCGACAGGCAGGGGUGAACAGCCUGAUAGGUGGUUGGAGCAAAAGGGGAAAACGAAGACAAAAUGGAGUGGAGGGGCUGCUCUUCCUCCUUGGAUAAACAUCUGGAAUGCCUGGU